AUGGUGUCCUUACACAAUGUGAAACGCAUUGGGGCUGAAUUCUACGGUCUUGAACAUCUCGAUAGUGCCAGGAGCAGUAGUAGAGAGGCGAAACCAAUCAAUCUGUUUCCAAAACUAUCGCGUUUUGUGUUGGAGGACAUGGAAAGUCUAGAGGAGUGGUCAAAUGCAAUGGUUCCCUCGAAUUCUUCCUCAUCAAUUAAGGUAUUCCCUAAUCUCCAGUACUUGGCAAUCGAAAGGCUCCCCAGUUUGGCUGUUUUACCAGGUAUGGAGAACUUGACAUCUCUUGAGGAGUUAGAGAUACGAAGAUGCGGAAUUGUGUUCACAUUGCUCGAGCGGUUGACGAUCUUUUCUGACGACCCUGGUUGUUGGGCAAAGGGUCUACAAUAUCUUGCCAACCUCUGCGAGUUGGAACUCGGUGGCUUCUCUGACAACCUUGAUUAUUUCCCGUGGCCAGACUCCAUCACCAAGGAUGAUGGUGAUUCUGCAAAACAACAUUUCUUCUCUCUGGAAAAACUUGAAUUGUUUGGAUGGCCAAAAAUCACGUCUCUUCCAGACCAAAUUCAGCAUCACUCUACCUUGACAAUUCUAGAGAUACGGGAGUUUGAGGGGUUGGAAGUUCUUCCAAAGUGGAUAGGUAGCCUUCAAAAUCUUCGAGAAGUGUGCGUUGGCAAUUGCACUAACCUCAAACAAUUGCCCUCUGCAGAAGCAAUACAACACCUCACCAGUUUAAAUCUACUGUAUAUCGCCGACUGUCCUCUUUUAGCAGAGAGAUGCACCAAAGGAAGUGGCGAAAAGUGGCCCAAGAUUGCAUGUAUUCCCCUUAUUGAUACUGAUUGA